AGAUUGGGACUCUAACAGCAGUUGGCAGAAAUUACAGAGAGUGGGAGGUGGGAAUUUGUAUACACAGCGCAGAGCUUGCGGAUAGUCAUGGAGCUCAGAGAAGCAGGGCUGCGCCGCCAGGCAGUAAAGAGACACCUGCACAAACACAAUCUGAAGCACCGCUAUGAGUUCUUGGAGACACUGGGCAAGGGAACAUAUGGAAGAGUAAAACGGGCCCGGGACAGUCAGGGCAGAGAGGUGGCUAUCAAAUCAAUACGGAAGGAUCGGAUAAAAGUUGAACAAGACAUGCAGCACAUCCGAAAGGAGACAGAAAUUAUGAGUUCCCUUUGCCACCCCCAUAUCAUCUCAAUAUACGAAGUGUUUGAGAACAGCAGUAAAAUAGUGAUUGUGAUGGAAUAUGCCAGUCAAGGUGAUCUCUACGACUAUAUCAGUGAAAAGCAGCGACUUAGUGACCAUGAAGCAAGGAAAUUCUUCAGACAGAUUGUGUCUGCUGUGCAGUAUUGCCAUAAGAAUGGGAUUGUGCAUCGUGAUCUCAAGCUGGAAAAUAUCCUUCUCGAUGAGAAUAAAAAUGUAAAGAUUGCCGAUUUUGGCUUGUCAAACAUAUACAACGCGGAAAGUUAUCUACAAACAUACUGUGGAAGUCCUUUGUAUGCAUCCCCUGAAAUAGUCAAUGGCAGACCAUAUGUUGGACCUGAGGUGGACAGCUGGUCCCUGGGAGUUCUUCUCUACAUAUUGGUUCAUGGCUGCAUGCCAUUUGAUGGGCAAGACUACAAGAAGCUGGUAUCUCAGAUCAGCAAUGGAGCAUAUAAGGCACCUACACACCCUUCUGAUGCCUGUGGCCUCAUACGUUGGCUACUUAUGGUAAACCCAGAACGCAGAGCCACUCUUACAGAUGUUGCUUCUCACUGGUGGGUUAAUUGGGGAUACACACAGCCACUAACUGAACCAGAGCCUUGCAAGGACACAGAAUCCCCUCUCUCUAUUGUCGGAGGCUGGCUUCGCAGAUCCUCUCGUCCCCUUUGGGACAAUAAUUCCAAGAUGAGAUGUUUCCUACGGCAGCAUUUGCCAGGAGGAACUGUCACUAGACAGAGGUCCCUCAAACGUUCCAAAAAGGAAAAUAACAUGAGCCAAGGUGCAGUAACACAGGCACCACAAGAAAAAGUUCCCACUGUAUUACCAGCUCCCAAAAAGGGAAUCUUGAAGAAGCCUCAGCAGAGGGAAUCUGGUUAUUACUCCUCUCUAGAGCACAAUGAAGUGCUAACUCGAUCAGAGAACAGUGAGCUACCACCUUCCCCACUGACUUUUUCCCCUCCAGAGAUUACAGUAUGUAAUACUGACAGCAAUAGACAUGAUGGGACUGUUCCUAAUGCAGGUAGAAAGGGCAUUCUCAAACGCAAUGGUAAGUUUUCCUCUCCUUGGGCAGCUCCUCAUUUAACAUUUGGAGCUUUAGACUGCCCUUUAAAUGAAGAAAAGAUGCAUGGUGGCUUUCUGCCACGGAAUAGAACAUCCUCUUCGAUCAGUCAAGAAAGCAUUUUAUCCACUGAAUCUUUUGAACUCCUGGAUUUUCCUGGCAAGUAUGGGGAGCGAGCCAGGGGCAAGACGCGCUUUAUGCGAAACAGCCUCUCAGCGGAUGACCUCUUACAGCUGGAUGAGGGGAAUAAUCAGGACAUCACUCAACUACAGGACUUGGCAUGCUAUAGGGCUCGUGUUGCUGAAAGCUGCCUCUCACUUGGAGCAGGAGAAGAGGAAGUCAUGCAAGUGUACAGAAGUGCAGUGCUUAUUGGGCAAGAGUUAAGAUGAGCAAUCCGGGUCCCCUCUAUACAGCUACAAACGUUGGUUUAUGGUGGAGCCAUAACAAGACAAACAAGGGCAAAAAUGUUGUCAAGCACUGCCUUGUUCAUCUUUUGCAGAGUUGCAGGGUCGAAGCCCAUGCAGUUAGGCACAUGUCUUCACUAGAUGCAUGUGUAAACCAGUGUAUGAUGUGGGUCUAGUGAGAGAUGGGCUUAUGGAAUGCAUUUAAAGCUCCAUAAACACUUUUUAAAAGUGAUUAAGUUUAUAGCAUAACUGUAAAGGGUUAUUUGGUGAAGUUUUCAAUCCAAAGAAACAAUACCUGCAUUGUGCAGGUCAUAGAAGGUGCUGUUCAGCAGUGCUGAUACUACCUUUAACUAGCUUGGUUACAGAGCCAGAUUAACCUCAGUAAUGUCUAUAUAAUAUCAUAGUUCUCUGCAUAUAUGAGGGUUGGGCACUCUUAACAGUCCGUAAUGGAAUAUUGAAAUAUACUAGAAUUUGCACUUUUCGUAAAACACACACUGGGUUGAUUACUGUUUUUAGUGAAAAAAGUAUAACUUUCCUUGUAUUUGUGUUUCAAACAGAAUGAAAUAUAAGGAGUGAAAUCUUUAAAAAUCACAUUUACAGUGGAGGCAUUCAUUAUAGAUACUUGGCAGGAUUACCUUAUCUUGAUGAUAUAUUUAGAACUAGAAAAUAAUGCAUCUGUCUAAGUUCCCACUCAUUUAUAAAUGUAUCUAGGCAAAAGAAAUGUUCUUUACUAUUUUAAAAGAAAAAUCAUGGAACAGUGUCUAUUUAUUAAGCUUAACUUGGCCAAAAUAAUAUGAUUUCUGUAGAAAUAUAUAUGGGCACCCAGUUUGAAAUCAUAUCUGCUAAUUUUCACUAUUCAUAGUCAUUUUAUUGUUUUUUUUUUUUUUUGGUUUGUUUUUUUUUAAC